CCUGCUCGUUAUAUAAAAAGGCAAAUCAAGAUGUUUUGUAACUCGGUUGGGAAUUGUUCCUGUCGCCGCUGUUUGCAGUAUUUCCAGCAAGAAGAAUCAUGUACCUUCUGUGGCCUCUACUUUUUCUUCAUGUUUCAGCACUGCGUCUGACUCUAUUUGAUGACAGACUAAAGCAGCGAAAACAGGAGGGCAGAGUGCGGUUGGUGGGGGGUCUGCCGUCCUCUGGUCGUGUGGAGGUCUUUCAUGAUGGACAGUGGGGUACAGUUUGUGAUGACGGAUGGGACCUGGCUGAAGCACAAGUGGUGUGUCGUCAGCUGGGUUUUCCUGGAGCGGUAUCAGUCACUCCUGGAGGACAUUAUGGUGAAGAUUCUAUUUGGUUUUUUGUAGGCUCUGGUCCAAUUUGGCUGGAUGACAUGAACUGUAAAGGCUCAGAGAGCGCAUUGUCAGAUUGCAUUUUCAAAGGCUGGGGCGUUACUGACUGCUCACAUAAAGAGGAUGCAGGAGUAAUAUGCGAGACUGGUACAAACGUAACCAGUAAUCGUCAGUUCUCUGUGGAUAACAGCCUGGGUUUGUCUCAUGAUCUUGGUCUUCUGUUUGACAGUGGAGAUGGUUGUGAUUUCAGAAUUAAUGUGGAAGACACCAGUGAAGAGGCAAAAUUGACAUUCUGUGUGCACAGCACUGUCCUCAUGUUUUAUCCAGAACUAAAAAUUACAAAUGACUCCAGAAACCUCACAGUUGAUGUCAGCCAAACAUGCCAUCCACAUGUCUCUGCUUUUCUCAGGUAUUUAUACACACGUCAGAUCGAUGUUUCCAUCACGUCGGCUCAAUGUCUACAUCAGCUUGCGUUCAUCUUUGGAGUGAAGAAGCUUAUGGAGGAUGUUGGCAGGGCCUUCACUGUACUCCUUCCUGAAGACAACACCUUCCGUACACAGGUGUCCAUGUACGAGUACGGCGUCCGCACACAUGACCUCGUUCUGCAGGAGAACGUCCUUCAGUAUCUUUCCUGGAACUGCGAGUUCCUCAUGAGUUCUCCAGUCUGGAGCACCAUCUCCUUUCACAUGAUGGACGCUCUGCUGCAGCGCUCAGACCUGAUUGUGAAGGAUGAAGCUUUACUUCUCGUAGCUCUGGAGAGAUGGAUCCAAGACAAGGGUAAUGAGAUUAGCUCGGAUCAACAGGCCGGUCUCCUGAAUCACAUCCGCUUCCUCUUGAUCCCAGUGGAUAAACUGUAUGAAAUACAGCUUACUUCAAGCAUUCUGCGUGAGAAUCACGAGAAACUGUACCUAACUGGUCUGCUUAGAGGAUUUCAGUUCAAUGCUCUGCCCUUCUCUAAGAUCAGGAAUCAAAUUCAUAACAUGAGUAGUGAGUAUCUACCCAGAAUCUACACUGGAGAUAAGUGGAGUGUGUUUAUCAAUGACACAACCGCCAGUUACCAAUACCAACCCUACCACUAUGUCCAAAAUAACAGAAUGCAAUCCUUCUCCACUCCAGCACACCCUAGCGCUCUUUACAGAGAACAGAGGGUCCAGUGGCAAGCCCAAGUGUUUUUAAGUGCUCAGGAAUGCUCUAACUAUGGUAUUUCAUGUACAUCUUUUCCUGUUGCAAGGUUUUACGAAUACGGCAAUCAGAACAUGUACGCUAGCACCAUUCGCUACAGCAACAGGUUGAUUCUCAUCUGUAAGAGUAAAAACACUGUCUUUCAUGUUCAAGAUUUCAAAAACGACAUUGCGGUGAUCCCAAAUAACAGCAGUAUGGGUCUGCCGAACCCCUGUCCUGAUGACUACUCUUUCAGAUUUGUGGUGCGUCCAGAGUAUAUAUGAAUGCAGAGUUAUAUUACAGAGUAUAUAACAGGCUUCAUUACAGGCUUCAGCUUUUUUCCGCAGGAAUUUUUAGUAUAUUCAAAUCCAGUUUAAUCGAAUCUAAUAAAUUCAAUCAAGUUUUUUUCACUUUUACGUUAUUAAAUCCGCAGUGAUUUCUUGCAAAUGUUUUUUUGCGCAAUUAACUUUUUCCGUUUAAAUACUGUAGAAAUACAAAUGCUUCAUUUUAAAAGUGCACUUCAAAAAAUAAAAUAAAAAUAUUUCUUACAUUA